AUGCAAUCUCACAUGAUAUCGUCUAUUGUACUAUUAAUCAUUAAAUUGAAUGUAGUACCAACUUUACCAUCACCAACUGUUAUGAUUGAUGCCGAUAGAGGAUUCGUUUUGUACCCGAUCGGAAUCUAUUCGGAGAAACUGGAUGAAUCCAUUUUUCAUAUGGUUAUUCCAUACAAUAAUCUAUGUGUUGACUCACCGAAUUCUCACGUAUGUGAAUACAUUGAAUCAACUGAUCCAAAUAUCGUUGAAAUUGGAACGCUCAUGUCCUACGCUAGUCACGUGUUCACGACGUACAAUAAACAAAAUAUUUCGAAUGCUAUUCAACAAGAUAUUCGGCGAAUUUUUCUAUAUCAUCAAGUGGAUAAAUUUAUCGCAAAAUCUAAAUCAAUCAUUUAUUUUGUUGAUAAUCAUUUUUAUGUAACUACCCAUACAAGUAGAUCGUUAUUGACGACUUCUUCUUCUUUCGUUAACGCAGACCCAUCGACACUCUUUCAUAUUGGUACUAGUCCAGUAACAUUAGUUCUCGAGCAAGUCUUCAACAAUAAAGUUGGCUAUGAUUUUUUGACUGAUGAGCAAAUUUCGGAAAUAUUAUCUUUAACUGUUUUGACUACCGGUGACGUAUCACAUGACAUAAGUAUAAAAGAAAAUAUUAAUACGCUUACUAAUAUGAUAAUCGGACAAACUAUUUUUGCGUUUAAAUCAUGUUUAAUACUACAUAACGAAAUUGAACGAAGUGGACCUCCAUGCCUUGUUGUUUCCACAGUUUUUCGACGACUUCCGGUGCAAACUUCGUCGUUUUACCAAGUUUACCACUUAACACCGCUACCAGUCAUAUUUGAAGGAGAGCAAUACGUUUACUCGAACUUACCACAAAUAUUUGGUUUCAACAAUAUUGAAAAAAGACUUGUUUUAUGGAACGAUGGCAACUUUUUAGCGUCCUGUACUUUCUCUAGAGUCGUACAAUGUCGAAAUCGUCCGAUAAGUAUUCCGUUAUCUACAGUUACAUGUAUCGAUGAGCUUUUAGGAGCUGAAUUCUCCUCCAUCAGCAAGUGUCUAGUAGAAAAAUCAAAAAAUAUUCAAUCCAACAUUCUAAAUAUAAAAAAUAAUAUAUGGUAUACCUAUUGGAGUGAUGAAUCUCUUGAAUGCGAAUUACAAUCAUCAUCAAGUCAUAUAUCAGAUAUUGUGUCUAUUAAGGGGUCGGCGAUUGCAAGAUUUCCAUGUGGUAGACCUGUGCGUUGUUCAAACUUUCUAUUACCAGCAUCUGCAUGUAUCAACACAACAAUUAUAGUCACAAACAAACAUAAUAAUUCUCUGAAUAAACAACCCGCUUCCGUUAUUAGUUUAAACAAUAUAACUAAACGACUUGUCUCUAUCUAUAAAGCUGCGGCUAUGAAUACUUUAUUGAAAUUGCAAAUGGAGAUUGAUACUCAGCGGACAUGGAUUAAUAAGAUUCUCGAAGAUUUCGGAAAUAUUUUACUCUCGGUUCUGUAUUUAAGUAUAUUAAGCAUUUUACUAUUUGUCAUUAACAUAAUCAAAAACAAAAUCUCAAAAAAAGUCAAUUACAUGCAAACUCAAAUUAAUAGGAUGCAGAAGAAUUUAUUAGAAGACGUAUGA